AUCUGAUUUUUCUUAUCAAUUUUCUCAACAAAAUUGAAAAAAAUGUAUAUUUCAAAAAUUUCAGCGAGCUUACGUUAUUUUUUAAUAUUUAAUUUUUGUUGCUGAACAAUUAAUUAACGUUAUUCGUGCGGAGAAAUUUUCUUAUUCGGAUGAUAUUCCCCGGAUCCACGCCCAUCGAAUGAACCAAAUUCAAAUUCGAGUGAACCUGGAAGCAAGUGAUAACAGCUCUGAUUUUCGUAUUCUUCGUAAUUCGUUGAAAUUUUUGAGCUCGAAGGGAUAGAUCAUAUUUCAGCCGGUCAUGUCUGAAACGAACGUUGAAAAGGAGAAAUGCUUGUUGGGCAGUUUAGACAUUUCAAUUUUGGAAGCGGAGAAAAGAGCCAAUCCGGUAUUAAAUAUUCGAGACUUCUUUACCGCCUACCUUAUCGAAUCCAAAGUCAGAGACGACGCGGAGGAAAAUGACGACGGAUUUGCGCCCAUUAGUCUGUUGUGGAGAAGAUACUCGGAAUUUGAACAGCUACAACAGUAUCUUCAAGCCGAAUAUCCUUACGUAAUUAUUCCACCGUUACCAGAAAAGAAACACACUUAUACGUGGCGUAACCCUAAUAGCGUUAUACACGAUAUUACUGACCCAGAUUUUGUCGAUCGUAGGCGAGCAGGUUUGGAGAAUUUUUUGCAUCGUGUCGCUUCCCAUCCUCUUUUAUCGUACGAUAGUUUAUUUAAGAAGUUCUUGACGCAAGAAAACGGCUGGAAUGAAACACUAAAACAAGAAGGAUACGUACAAAUUGUAGAAUCAAAACUGAAAGAUCUAACCGUUAUUCCUAGAUUCGUAUCGAUGGAUUCGCAGUUCAAAAAUCUUUCAAAUUAUAGCAAACAGUUGGAAAAUAAUCUGGAUAGUAUCUUGAAAUCGAGGUCAAAAGUUAUCGAGCAGACGUACACUGUAGAUAUGUUGCAUUCGCAUAUCGGAAGGCUGUUUAGCGAAUGGAGUGUUAUAGAAAAGUACCUCGGUGACGGUUUACAGAAAGCUGGCCAUUUUAUAGAUACCAUAGCAUCGUGCACCGAAGCAACUUUUCAAGACGAAGAUGUAAUCGUUGACCAAUUAAAAGAAUAUUUAUUUUAUACUUCAUCCAUCGACGCAGUUUACAAACAUCACGUUCGUCUGCAGUUACAAAUAGAAAAUUUGAAAACGUCGGUCAAAUCAAAAGUCGAAGAAAAAGAACGUAUUCAACAAGGCAAAGCCACUGUGAUGGCGAGGUUAUUCGGUGCUCUACAAACCAAAGAAAUUAGAAAUGAAAAAGUUCUCCAGCUCGAUCAACGCAUUUCCGAAGAUGAAAAUAAAAUUGUCGAGCUCGAAGAAUCGCUCAAAAAGUUUUCCGAAUUGGCUCUCGAAGAUUUCAACAGAUUUCAAAGACAGAAAGAUUCCGAUAUUCAAGAAACUCUAUCGUCUUACGUAGUUCAGCAAAUUAAAGUUGCUCGUCGGGGCUUAAACGCGUGGAUAAAUGUAAAAAAUUGCAUCGAAACCAUUCCUUAGAGAAAUACAUACGUACAUUUAUACUAGAUUCGAUUCGAUGUUACCCUUACAUGAGUGAAUUUUUGGUCAAGCUACCUUGUGGAGAUUCUUGCUAACUACGAGUAGUACACUGUAACGUAUUCAACUUACCUAGUUGGUGCUACAUUAACCAAUGUUUCACAAGAAAUAAGUACCCAGACAAAAUUCUCAAAUUGAAGACGAGAUUUUCUAAAAUUAUUUUCAAAUCUUUCCCCAUUGUGAAAAAAAAUUCAAAACAAAACGGUAGGACCUUACAAAAUUAAAAGGUUUCUCGAAUUUAAUCUACGUAUUUUUCCAAAAAGAUUCGCCCGUAGAAACAUUUUUGGAUCAAAGGACUGACAUUGAGAAAUUUGCGAAUUCAACUUCAAAACAUAGUGAAUGAUCGUACAUGGAACACGGCAAAACCAAAAAAUCGUUUUACUGACCUAUCUGGGGUAAAAAAAAAACACUGCCAGCUGCUCGACAGUGAAAAAUAAUGAUACGUGGUGCACAUAUUUUGUUUUACCUAGGUAUAUAUUUACGACCGAUAUUUUACGUAAUUUUAUCGAGGUCGAGUUAUUCUUUUUCAGUACCUACUUUUUGUUUAUUUUAAAAAUAAAAACGUUUGUAAAAACUU